AGGCUCGCAAGUUGGUAUGAAGUGCAUAUGGAACUCUUCUGCAAAAGACCGGAAGAUAAUAUUAAAGUCUUUCAAGUCUUUUAUUUUUCAAAUAUGUAAAGAAGAAUACGGCCAGCGCGUUCUUCUUGCUGCAUUGGAUUCUGUUGAUGAUACUAUUCUUAUUAAGCACGUCGUCAUUAAAGAACUUUUACAAUAUUUAAAUGAAAUUAUCUACCACAAAACUGCUAGAAAAGUACUGCUUUACCUUCUCGGUCAUCGAGAAGCUUCUCAAAUAAACAAACAUAUCCUUGCGAGCUUAAGUCUAGGCGAUGCUAAUCCGUACAGUAAGAAAUGCAUGGAAACAAGGCGAGAAGAACUUCUACGUCAUCUACAAGAUCCUCUAAACGAGUAUUUGUGCGACCACCUCGACGAUAUUGUGAAGACCGGCGUCGCUUCGCAGGUGAUUCUCCAGGCCGUCAUUAAUACGAAAGGAAAUUCUAAGCACAUGCUUGUUUCCGCCCUAUUGGACAGGUGUGGCGGGGAACAUUGUCUUUUGAAACACGACGUCUCUGGACUUUUAGUGAAAAGAAUUAUAUUGCAUUCUUACAAUUCUAAUGACUUGGUGGACUUUCCCAUGCGACUUUGGGAACGGCUCGAAGGCCGCCUGGCGGAGUACAUUGGUAGCAAACAAGCCUGCUAUACUAUUGCGUCCCUUCUUUCAGAACGCUCAAUGGAUCUCGCAGAUAGAAUAUGCCAGGCGUUUUCCGAUAUCUCAUUUGACGAAUACGCCACAAUGCGGGCGUGUACCGGUGAUCCAGCCACGAGGGUUCUCACAGCCCAAGGAGCGUUAAAAGCGGAUCUGGAAAAGUUUUCGCUUUCAAGGAAAGAGACUCUUUAUUUUCCUUGAAAG